GUUAAGGGUCACAUUCAGAGAUGGCGCCACGCUGACCGCUUUGUAUCGAAGUCAAAGUUUCGUUUUUGCGUUUGUGUGUGCGUGUGUGUGGUUUUUUGAGGACACUCAUCGUAAGUGCAACAAAAAACGAAUCUUUUUCGAUUAGGUGAAUCGAUCCAGUCUGUUCAGGCGACUGAUUCGUUCACCAAGAACGAAUCAUUCACUCUCUGUUCGUCUAAUCACUGUGCGAUUCAAGCAGCUCGUCGUUUGUUUGCCUGUCGUCGAACGUUGUUAGAUGUACUCCAGCUUUUCUCCGUCGAAAUGUUGUCGGAAAGAUCACAGAUGUUCCAGAUUCUGAAAAGACAAGAGGACGUGUCUGUGGACGUGGACUCGCAUGGAGUGAUGGAAACAAGAAGAAUGCUCUCAAGGACUGUACUGGUAACUGAACGGGUCGAAAGUCGAACCCCACAGUGUCCUGAAGUGACAGUAAACCAGGAAAAUUACUUUUCAGCAUGUUCUAAAGCAACGUUCCUGUGUUUGCUUCCACUUCCGGUACUUGCUGUUGCACUAUUCAUGAUCAUCACUGGGUCGCUGCACUUCAACUGUCCUGCUGAGAAACACAUACCUGUGUACUUCAUCGUGGCCGGGGUCGUGCUGCUGCUGGAGUUCCUGCUAGUGUUGCUGGGUCUGCGCUACUCACCGCAGUCGGGGUUGUGUUACAAAUCUCUCUUCGUUGUGACCUGCUUGUUCUUCGUGGGAUGGAGCAUUACUGGUACAGUGUGGGUGUUUAGUGUGAAACAUAUUGUGACUAACGACGUGCUCAGCCCACAUUACUGCAACUUGAUACUGUACGCUUCCUCAACGUACUGUGCUGGCGUGGGUGUUAUCUUAUCAAUCGUGCUUUGUUACUGUGCCUUCUGCUCUUUUGGUUGAGGACGCCAAAGGAUUCCCAAGCAGCACAAUGUACUGAAAGUCGGGUGCAAUAGGGGUGGACGGGUAGGUGGAAGGCCUUGAACAGACUCGUGACACUAAAGAACAUUGAUAAUACACAUACCGUCUACCCCUAUUGCGCUCGACUUUCAGUACAUUGUGCUGCUUGGGUUGCCAGACUGCGGAAUGGAAACAAGUGAUACUGGUGUAUUUUGGGGUAGCCAGUUUGACUUCGUUGCAGCUCAUAUCCCAAUUUUUCGUCACACCAACAUCACCAACAAGUAGCGUACAAAGUUCCAUGAAACGAGUAUGACCUGCUGUUAGAAAAUUGUGCGUGUCCCUCUGAUGUUAACGAGUUCUGGUACGCCUGUAUUUUGCACUUUAUUUACAUACUUUGUAUAUAUGUUUCAACCGUGCCAAUGUAUACCACAGUGUUCAACAAAACAAAUAUACAUGUAGUUUUAUCAGAAAAACAGCGUAAUGUAUAUCUUGCUAAGGUUUCCUAACCUGAGUACGGCAGCAUCAUUCAGGGCAUGGUUUCGUGACAGUUAACUAUUCCCUGCUCUGUCGAUUAAAGGGAGCUUUAAAAAAACGGCACGGGGAGCGACGGAAUGGCAUUGCCCUUUUGGAGGAAAAUGCAGUGGAUGACACACAGCAGGCAAGCCCAUGCACCUUCGGAAAGACUUGCGACUUGA